AUGGAUCGGGUAGCUGAUCAUUUCGACCCUAUUGAUGUGGCUUUAAUCGGGGCAAUACCUCUGAGUCUUACUCCGCAGAGUGAUUCCCUAGGAUGGCAUUUUACUAAAUCGGGAAAGUAUACGGUCAAAUCUGGGUAUCACACGGCUCGAAUGGCGGUUCCUACUGGAGUCGCGCCGGUGGUGUGUGGUCCGGAUAUUGCUUCUUUAAAGGCAAGUGUUUGGAAAGUCAAGUGUCCCCCAAAAAUUCAGCAUUUCAUGUGGCAAGUUCUUUCUGGUUGUAUUUCCGUCACGGCGAACUUACGUCGUCGGGGAAUUUACUGUGAUCUAGAAUGUGCGAGGUGUGGCUUUCCCCUUGAAACGGUCAAUCAUGCCCUUUUCGAGUGCCCACCUGCACGACAGGCCUGGGCCCUUUCCAAUGUCCCAACGGGCACGGUUGGUUUUCCCACAGCUUCGGUGUUUGCAAAUGUGGAUCAUUUUCUAGGGGCACAAAACCCAGGGGCUCAGGUUGUAGUGUUUCCUUGGCUCAUGUGGUACAUUUGGAAAGCGCGGAAUGCGAGGGUAUACGAAAAUGAGGUGGAAAAACCGGCUGAAAUAGCGCGGUUGGCGGCAAGUGAGUCAACGGCCUUGUAUGCGGCUCAGGUUGAUGAGGAGGAGGGUUUUACGGAUCAAACAAGGUCCGAACCUCGUUUGGUGCGGGCAGGUGUUUCUCUUCCUAAUGUGUACACGGGUUUCCGUUGUUUUGUGGAUGGUUCUUGGAAGGACACAGACAAGUUUGCUGGUGUAGGCUGGGUGUGUAUGUCGUCCCAAGAUUCUCUUCCGCUCAUGGGUGCUUCCAAUUUUCGGCGAAGCCUCUCACCGCUCCAUGCUGAGGUUGAAGCAUUUGUGUGGGCUUUGCGAUGUAUGAUCGGACAUGACUUGAGAGAUGUAGCUUUUCUCACAGACUGUUCAGAUUUUGUGAAGAUGGUGUCUUCACCGGCUGAAUGGCCGGCUUUCUCUACCUAUCUGGACGACAUCAAGGAGGAUAUGGAGGAAUUCUCAAGUUUCUCGCUAACCUUGAUACCUAGGAAUGCAAAUGUACUUGCGGAUAGACUAGCACGACAAGUUCGUACUCAACCGCAUGUGGUGACAUACGUUGAUUGUUCUUCUCCCAAUUGGCUUGUUUGA